ACACAGCGUUCGCUACACACAACGUUAACGUUCAUUGGAUAAACGCUUCAGUAUCUGUGCUGCAGACCUGCACGUACACAUAGCCACGAAGUUAAAAUGACGCUGAUCUGAUACAUUAUGUGUAACGUUACGUCACAAAAUACUUACGCAGAUUUCAUAACGUUACCUCAGAUAAAAAGGAAUAUAGUUGCACACUUAAAACCAAAAUCACGAGCACCAAAAGUGAAUCUGUAACCUGUGGGAGCGUGACGUCACAGGGAGACCCCCCCCCCUCUGGUCUUUGCACCCUCUCCACAAGAACACGACCAUCUGAUCUAUGAAAGAUAAAACACAAUACAAAUACUUUAAAUAUAAAUACUACACUGAGUUGACCAAAUGACUAAUGAAGCUCAACUCUAAAAUAAUAAAUAUGUAAUAUAUCUCACCAAAGUGGUAACUGUUCCCCUCAAAUGUGACAAAUUCACCAAAUCAUUCCAUUCCCUGUAAUGUGUGAGGCCCAUGCUGGGUUGCAGAGAGCACUGCACCGGAAGCACAAAGGUUUUAUAAGCCUCCCUAUCCACUCACCACUCUCCAGAUGGCGGCGGAAGAGGAGAUGCGGCACCUGAGGAGCCAGCUGCGGGAGAAAGAGGAGCAGGUCCAGCAGGCCGCCCGAGCUGGUCUGGAUCUCCUCAACCAGCAGAUGGAAAUGCAGACCAGACUGGACGAACAGAGGGUGGAGAUGACCAACGCUAUGGAGGCCCUCGAGCAAGAGAAGUACUCCCUUCAGAAGGAAGUGGAGUUAAAGACCCGGAUGCAGAACUCUCUGCAGUCGGACCUCGACUGUUUGAAGAACCAGCAGACGCGGCAGCUCGAGGACCAACAGAUGCACCUGGAGAGGAGCCACGGCACAGCGCUCAAGGAGCUCAACAAGAAGAUUCUGAGUUUGCAGUCCACCCUGGAGGAAUCCCAGCUGAGUGAGCAACACCUGAAAAACAAACUCCAGGUGCAGACCGAGACUCUGAAUAACAAGACGGAGGAGCUGCGAGGUUUAAGCGAGCACACCCAGAGCUCCAUGACAUCUGAGAUGCUGGAGGGGCAGAUGAAGAACAUGGAGCUGGAGAGCAUUAUGGUGGAGUUGGAGCAGAUGCUGAAGGAGUCUCAGUACAAAGGGCAGCAGCUGGAGCGCCGCCUGGAGCAAAGCACUGAGGAGAAAGAGGAGCGGGAUAAGGAGGCUGUUUCCUGGUUCAAUGCAUUACAGAAAUGUCGCGAUGCGAACCGAGACCUCCAGAUCCAGUUGGACCAGGUUCUGCAGCAGGCCCAAGAUCCCAACAGCAAAGGGAACUCUCUGUUCGCAGAGUUGGAGGAUAAGCGCAGUCAGAUGGAGAGACAGCUCAUCAGUAUGAAGGUCCAGUAUCUGUCGCUGCAGAAACAACACGCCUUCAGCAAACAGCAGCUGCAGCGCAUGAAGGUCCAGAUAGCCACUCUGAUGCAGCUCCAGGGUUCCAGGGCUGAUCCCGCUCAGCUGGAGAGACUCCAGUCCAUGCUCUCUGAGAAGAAUGGAGAGAUCCAAUACCUCAUCACUAAACUGCAGAGACUUGAGAAGGUAGAGAUGAUGUUGAAGUCUCAGCCAGCCAAUCCGGCUCCAGCAGAAGGUGGUGACAGCCGAGAUGAAACUUACUACACUGACCUGCUCAAAAUGAAGCUCAACAACUCUGUUAAGGAUGCAGAGCGUCAGGGAGAUGAGCUCUCCCUGCAGAGGAUGAAGUCUUUGUCGGAGAGCCAGAGAGCUUUAGCGCUGGAGAGGAAGCUCUUCUCAUCGGAGCAUCUUCUCAAACAGACUCAGGGUGACAACAUAAGACUGCAGCUACGAGUAGAAGAGCUGCAGCACAAGUAUGAACCGGAAGAUGCCAAAAAGAAUGUGAUCCAGAAGAAAAGGAGAGAGAAGCUUCCUGUGGACACCUUACCCUCCUCUGAUGUCACAAAGACUGCACAUCCUGAGGCGGGCUCUCAUCGUACGGCUAAGGCAGUGAGCUUCGCACAAGAGCCUGAGGCACCACCUGCCAAGUGUGUGAAGAUCGGUGGAGAAGAGCCUGUUGCCAUUCCCAGCCCCAGCUCUCCUGUGACUGUAUCCAAAGAUGAGGAGAGAAGAAAGCAACAAACAGUGGAGGUGAUCCAUGUCAGCUCCCAGACCACUAUGGAGAACCAGUGUGCUCAGCAGUAGUGUGUGUGUGUGUGUGUGUGUGUGUGUGUGUGUGUGUGUGUGUGUGUGUGUGUGUGUACACUGCUUUCAUUGAAAUAUAUUUUCUAUAUUUCCAUCCUUCUGCUGAUGUCACUGUAUUUGCUCUAUACUGUCAAUAUAUUUAAAUCUUACAGUAUUACAAGUUAUUUGCAUGAUACAGUAUUCUGUUUUCCAAAACUCAUGAACAUUAAUCUGUUGAUCUGUUUAAAGAGUUAUCUUGAAUACAUUCCAUGAUGUGUAGUUUGGUCUACUUGAAAUUGCAAUGAAAUAUAUCUCUAUCUAUCUAUCUAUCUAUAUCUAUAUCUAGCAUAUUGGGAUAUAUAUCCCAAUAUGCUAGGGAUGGGUUAAAUGCAGGUUACAUUUCAUAUGUAUAUAAUGACGACUAUAAUAAAUGUCAUAAUAUUUUUAAAAUAAAGAUGUAUCUACAUUUCCCUUUCUAAGCUCUGUUUUAUUCUACUCUAAGUAAAUAAUCAAUGUGAACAGUUUGAUAUUCAAGGAAGGAUUUGGGAGUUUGAUGCGCGUAUCUUACCACAGCAUCCUACAUCAGACACACCGGAAGCCUGCAGUGAGCUCUGCAGACGUCCUGCCCCCUGGCAGCAUUGAAGACUGGCCGACCAUCUUUACACUCUGCUGUCGGCAGCCACUCGCGCUCCAGAGGAACAAGUCCUGCGGGCCGCCACACAGCAACACCAGCCACCAUGCAGGGCUUAAGAGACCGAGUCUUCCCCGCAGUCCAAACGCCCAUCGUCAGCAUUGAUUCAGAGAAGCCAGGGCUACUACCUGGGUGACCUCCGUUGUCUUCCCAGAAUGCAGUUCUUUAAAAAUGCUGCAGGACACUCCCCCACACAGCUCAACACAGUGAGCAUGAAUCUGCUAACAUGAAAGGGUAACACCCGACUGAAAUGUUAGAAGAGUGCAGCUGGUUUCAGACGUCUCACUACCUUGGUGACUUGAAGGUGUCU